AUGACCAACGACCACGCUCUUUUUCCCCUGAUAAAUACUGCUCCUCUCCUCUGCGAAAGUCAAGUUUGUCCGGAAAACUUUUUACUCAAAGCUGAAGAGCGGCCUCAGAGUCAAAAGCUACCAAAACAAUCAGGGACCUUCAACCUGGCAACUCUCCGCACCUUUACCAACACCAAAGCAUUCGCGACACGAGCCUUCCUGCCCGACGUACACGGGACCACUCCCUUCUCACGCCUCGUUUCGGGUUUCUCGCAGGCCCAAAUCCCCGCUGACAUCGCCAUACUCCGCCCGGCCCCGGCCUUUGCCUGGCAGUGCUCCUCCGUCGUAGCCACCAUGCCGAAGCGCAAGCUCGGCGCGGACAAGGACGCGCAGAAGUACUAUGCCGUACGCGCUGGCUUUAUACCCGGCGUAUAUCUCACAUGGCCGACUUGCCAGGCACAGAUUGCUGGCUUCCGGGGUGCGCAAUACAAGAGCUUCCUUAGCCGAGAAGAUGCCGAGGCGUUCGUCAAGGGUCAGAACCCCGUAGGCGCGUCGGAGGAAAAGACGGACAAGUUCUACGCGGUGGCCGUGGGCAACCCGCCCGGGAUCUACACGGACUGGGACACGGCGUCCAAGGCCAUCGUGGGCGUCAAGGGGCCGAAGUACAAGAAGUUCGGCACGAUAACCGAGGCGAAGGAGUUUAUGAAGAUCCAUACCAAGGCGCGCGCAGCUCUCCAGCAGGCGCAGGAGGCCGACGACGACGCGGACCAGCCUCCGGCGAAAAAGGCGAGGACGAGCGGCGUGGGCGCGACGAACGGCGCGGCCUCGGGUACGACGAGUAAGGGUGCUCUCACGAUCUACACGGACGGAAGCAGCCUGGCGAACGGACGCACCGGUGCUCGCGCCGGCGUAGGCGUGUUCUUUGGAGCCGGCGACAAGAGGAACGUCUCGGAGCGGCUGCUUGGCGAGCCCCAGACCAACCAGCGGGCCGAGCUGACGGCGAUCCUGCGCGCGCUGCAGCUGGCGCCGCAGAAGCAGGCCGUGCUGAUCGUGACGGACAGCAAGUACUCGAUCCAGUGCGUGACGGAGUGGUACGCCACGUGGCAGCGCAACGGCUGGAAGACGCGCGAGGGCGAGGUCAAGAACCGGGACCUGGUGGCCGCGGUGCGCAAGCUCAUCGACGCGCGGGACAAGGCCGGCGCCGAGACGGGGUUCCGGUGGGUCAAGGGCCACGCCUCGGACGCGGGCAACAUUGCGGCUGACAGGCUUGCCGUGGAGGGAGCGUCGCGUGCUGCUUGA